AUGAUGGAUUUAACAUCUAGACCACACAUGAGUAUAUUAAGGACAUUACAGUUACUUAUACAAAGAGGGGGUUGGGAUAGAACCGGAAUUGAUGAUAUUCAGCGCGAUGAGGCAUCAGCAACAUCUUCCAAUACUUUACCUAAAAUAGCUGCUACUCCCUUGAGUACAACAACUCUUGAAAACAAUGAAAUAAAUUUAUCAACAAAGCGUGCAAGCGGUUUUAUCGAUCCAGAAGUUGAACGUGUUAAUAACAAAUCAGUAACAUGUAUGAUACAAAAACGUGAAAUAGGUCCUACAUUUAAUCCAGGUCAAAAAUGCCGAAUAAAUAAUCAUUUUUUACCUAAUCGUAUGAUACCUGUAGCUAAAUACAAAAGCCGCGCAUUUUGUGGAUCAUAUUCUUCUGAUGGGAAACUUCUUGUUACCGCCAGUCAAGAUAAUUUACUGCGAAUUUACAAUACCCAAGACGGGAAAUUCCAUGAAUACAAAAAAAUAUUUGCGCAAAAUGUGUCUUGGAGCAUAUUAGAUACUGCGUUCAGUCCAGAUGGGAAUUAUAUCGCUUAUUCAAGUUGGUCUGACGCUUUGUAUCUUUGUUCAAUUUAUGGUGAUUCAACUAUUCAAGAAGCUUUGCCGUUAGCUCCGUCAGACUUGGGAAGAUUUUGCGUUUUUUCGUUAGUUUUUUCCUGCGAUGGGAAAGAAAUUCUUGGUGCUGCUAACGAUGGUUGUCUUUAUUGUUACGAUCGCGAGUGUCAUCAACCAGCCAUAAAAAUUAAAGGUCACACAGAUGACGUUAACGCUGUUGCAUUUGCUGAUAACACUUCGCAAAUUUUAUAUAGCGGUGGAGAUGAUGGACUGUGCAAAGUUUGGGACAGACGAACGUUAAACGAAGCAAAUCCUCAUCCGGUAGGUGUACUCGCUGGACACAUGGACGGAAUAACUUUCAUUGAUCCUCGUGGUGAUGGCCGUUAUUUGCUAACGAAUAGCAAAGAUCAGUCAAUAAAAUUGUGGGACGUCCGUGCAUUCUCAAGUAAAGAGGCCGAAGUUAAUACCCGGAAAGCUGUUGCUAAUCAAGAUUGGGAUUACCGAUGGCACACCCACGUACCCAAGCAACUUUACACGUCAACGUCAUUAUUGGAAGGCGAUACGAGUAUUAUGACAUAUAGAGGACACAUGGUUGUACAAACGUUGAUUCGUUGUCAUUUUUCACCGGCUGCAACCACUGGACAAAGAUAUAUCUACACUGGUUGUGGACACGGUAGAAUUGUCAUUUAUGAUCUUUUGACGGGUAAUAUUGUAAGAACACUUGAAGGACAUGAAGGAUGUGUUAGAGAUGUCAGUUGGCAUCCGUAUCAUCAAGAAAUAAUAUCAGCGUCUUGGGAUGGAGUAAUAGGUUGUUGGCGUUAUUCUUCACAAGAUUCCUGUCCAGGUACUGCAGAUUCUGAAUGGAGUGAUUCCUGCGAUCAAAACUGGAGGAGUCCCGAUUGA